AUGCUAAGAAGAGGUUUAAGGAUAAAUCAUUUCUCUAGAAGGUUUUCUAGUACUGUAAAAGAAAUUGAUUAUAAAUUGAAUGGCCAAGAUAUUCCUGAUGAUGCUACAGUUUUUAGCAUGGUGCAACCUACGGGGAAAUUUCAUUUAGGGAACUAUCUAGGGGCGACUAGAGCUUGGAAGGAUUUAUGUGAUCUUAAAAAGGAUAACCAAAGGCUAGUUUUUGGUGUUGCUGAUUUACAUGCAAUAACUAUUCCAAAGCAAGAUGUUACAGAGUUCAGAUUGUUCAGGGAAGAAGCAUUAGCAAGCAUUCUUUCAAUGGGUGUUGAUCCAGAAAAGGCCAUAGUAAUGCAUCAAUCACACAUACCACAACACUCGCAAUUACAUUGGAUAUUAUCUACAUUUACAUCAAUGGGCUAUUUAAAUAGAAUGACACAAUGGAAAUCAAAAUCAAAUAUCCAUAAGAAUAAUGUUUCUGAAGCAGACUUGGGUAGUGUAAAAUUAGGACUAUUUUCUUAUCCAGUUCUGCAAGCUGCAGAUAUUUUACUUUAUAAAUCUACGCAUGUCCCAGUCGGUGAUGAUCAAACUCAACAUUUAGAGCUGACUAGAAGCCUGGCCCUACUUUUUAAUAGGACUUAUAAAACAAAUUAUUUCCCAGUGCCAGUUACAACUUUGACUCCAACCAAAAAGAUAUUGAGUUUGAAUAAUCCAGAGAAAAAAAUGUCAAAAAGUGAUCCUAAUCAACAAGGUGUCAUUUAUGUCAAUGAUGAACCAGAACAGAUUACUGUCAAAAUAAAUAAGGCAUUAACUGAUAAUAUAUCUGAUAGGUUUUAUUAUGACAAUGAAAAUAGACCAGGUGUUUCAAAUCUAAUAAAUAUUGUCAGUGGAAUCCAGAGAAAAGAAAUUCCUGAAAUCGAGAAGGAUAUUUCAAAUAUAAAUAACUACAGAGAUUUUAAAAAAUAUGUAAGUGAAAUAAUAAUAGAAGAAUUAAGAACUCCAAGAAAAAAUUUCAAAAGAUUAAUGAAGGAGCCAGAUUAUUUAAAGUCAAUUGUAGAUUCCGGGAAUCGGAGAGCAAGAGCUAUUGCAGAAAAAAAUAUUAACGAUAUCAUGAAGAUUAUGGGUUUAAAUUAA